CAUUUACCCUAUGAUAUCCAACGAUUGCCCUAAAAAAAUUGAAAAUAUAUAAAAAUUAAAAAGAAGUAAAAAGACAAAAAGUGUUUCAUAAAGUACAGUAAUACUUUGGCUCUUGCUUGCACAAUUAUUUAAGGUAUGAUUGAAGUAUGGAAGCAUGUUUUAUAGGUGCGUUUUAUUGUAAUGCGCAAAAUAUUUGUUAAAGAAUGAGACUGAGGGAUUUUUAUAGUGAACCCACUUAAAAGCACAUGGUCUAUUAAUUGGUCUUGACUUGACAUCAUCGAAUGAAUAAGCACGGCGAUAAAAGUAUGUACAUCGGAACUCUAAGUUCUAUGGCUAUUGACCCGACAUAGUAUUAGACAUGUGCACAUACAAUAUUCGCGUUUUUAUGCACAAUAAUUUUUUUCAUGUACUGUCCCCCACUCUAACCCAAACCGGUCCGGGCGGUCCUCAUCCUAUAAACCGUUGCAGGUAAAAAAACUUAGAACUCUUUCCAUACACUUGAAAUUCCACUCCUGGAUUUGAUCCGACUGUGAUAGCACGUGCAAGGCAACAGUUGCCUUAGCCACUCGUCCACUGCGGAAUUGCUUGAAAUCAACUGAAAUCUAUUUGGUAUCAUUUGAGCAUGUUUAAAAAUUGUUCAUUUUAAAUAAAUGGUUAUUGGAAAACACUUUUGUCGGAUCUAUAGCCGAAUAACUUAAUGUUCCAGGGUGCCGGAACAAUAACCACGGCAUAUUUGCAUCUAUAUUUCCAAGGUAGUGCAAGGCAAAUGUCAUCACUGCAGAAAAGAUGGGUGUGUGGUCGAGGUGUUCUGGCAUUAAAGUCAUCUGAACCAUUGAGAAAGCCUGGUUCAAAAUCGGAAGGUGAAACAUUACUGUAACUCAUAUGUUCUCUACUUUAUUAUUUCGCCCUGUCUAAGGCCAGAUGCUUUUACUUGUCAAGGGGAAAGUGCUGGCACUCAAAGGGUUAAUCAGACUGCUGCUCGUGUAUUUUGCCAACCCUAUAAGCAGUAUUGCAUCCCAAUGCUCCCUACUUUGUUAUUUUAUUCCAUCUAACACCAGAUGAUUUUACUUGUUGAAAGGAGAGUGCUGCUGCUCAUUGGGUAAUGAGAAUUUGAGGGUUUUAAUUAUUUUGACCAAUCCAUGUGAGGCUAGUUAAACAUAAGCAGAUCAAUAACUACCAAAUGCUCUUGGGAAAUUUAACAUAAAAGUUUAUAUAUUAGUAUAGAAAUUAUUUUUAUCUACACCUGUUAAUCCUUACAUGCAAGCAACAUACAAAUCUAACAAUCUAUUGAGCAAUUUUCUGACGCACGCAUGUCCAUUAUAUUUAGGUCCACAAGCGCCCAGGCCACCAUUAGCAGCGAUACAUGGACUAAACCCAACAUUGCUUGUGAAAUACAACUACAAAAGUAACCCGGAUCAGCCUGGAGGCUUCCCUGAACUAACUGUGAAACAGGGACAGAAAGUGACGUUUCUAAAUGUGCACGAAAGUGAAGCAUUAUGGUGGAAUGUUAAAGACGAAGAUAGUGGUCAAAGUGGUUAUAUACCAGGCUCUUAUGUAAUGGUACGUAUCAUGUGGGUUACGACUAAGUCACAGAUGUUUAUUGCAGGUGUUUUUAAUGAACUUGGCAUCUGCAUGGUGUUGCAAAUCUCCCUUCCCCCUCUGAAUGGGCUAAUGUUGAAAUUGAUUUUCAGAUUCUUGAAGAGAAGCCAUCGAGCCUGCCAUGGUUAGAGAACAAAAGACUCGAGGAACAAGUGGAAACAAAAACGAAAGAAGGUCCUUUCAAAGAUGCACCCGCAGCGGUCUGGAAACCUUAUGUGUCAGGUAACAUAAUCAGUGUGAUUUACACUGUGAUACAAUCAGGGCUUGAAAUAACAGCCGAUCACCGAUCAAUGUUAGAAGAAAUUGCUUAUGAUAGGCAGAAAAGCAGGGUUUCCAACCUAAAAAAGCAGGGAAAUGACUGCUGAUCACCAUGAUCGGGAACUUUGGGAACAUUAUUUCAAGCCCUGUACAAUGCAUUUGAGCAAAUUACAACUCCAGUGGGUUAAUUCAUUCUUGUUUUCUGUCUCUAGCAUAUGGUGGCACGACUACAGGUCCAGUUAAUAGUGAUCAACCCAAACAAUAUUACUGUGAGAUCUGUGCUAAACAACUAAAUGGUACCAAACCAUAUCAAGCACAUAUGGUUAGCAAAGCACACAAAGAAGAGGUCGCGGCACAGUCGUGAAUGGAUGGUCGGCUGGUGCUGUUAGUGGGGAGCAUGGCAGAUGGAGUGGGGGUGCUACAGCUACUGUAGUGGAGACUUUGUUCAGCUUGGGCAUGUCAUAGUGGGGGCACUGCAGCUAACAGAGUGAGGACUCAAGUUUUGUUGAGUUAUGAAAAUAUGUUAUGAAUGCUUGCAAGAUUCAUGUUGUUAAAAAAAUAUCAUGUUAAGCUAUGGUGCAAUGUGAGGGGAGAUACAACUACGGAACUACCUGAAACAUAUACAAUAAGAACUUCAGGAGAUAGCGUGGAUUGAGGAACCAACUUCAAAGUUGUGCUAAUAUUUUUUGGGUAAUUGUGUCUCUCUUCCAUGAAUUAGUUACCUGCACCGGCACAGACUGUCGAGAUUAUGAAACUAUGGCUCUGCAGACUCUUACGGGCCAAAGCAGCAUAGUGAAGGACGAGUCUGUAAGAUUUCAGUUUUGUUAUGAACAUGCACAAGCAUAAUGUUAACAUACAUAUUGCAUUAGAAGCUCUUGUGGGAGCAAGACAACUGUAGAGCUAGGAUGUGUUCAGUAAGGUGCAUGUUAUGAAGUGUCAAAUGUUGCAUAUUAAAGUCAAGCUUAAACAAUGCUAUGUAGCAUUUCUGCACAAUCAUAUAUGUAAAAUACUUGUUAGUGGUGAAUCCAAGUACUUGCAAUGUAUAAUACUAACAAAGCAAACAAACUACAAAAAUAGAUAGCAACGAACCUAUCCUUUGAAAACUGCUACAUUGUUAGGGCGUGGUCAUUAUUUAUGGG